AUGUCGUCGACGCUGGCACAGGCGCAGGCAGAUCUGCUCGAGCUGCUGGCCAGCCUGUCGCCGAACGACGACCCGUACGCCGCCGUCGCGACCUACCUGCGCGAUCAGAUCUACCCGAGCGUCCCGUACUCGGCCACCUGCCAGCUCUACUUCCUCGCCGGUGGACUCGGGCUCACCGCCGUCCUCAUCCUCGUCUCGUUCGUCAUACGCUGGAGGAAGGGCGGCUUCUGGAUCCUGCGCAUGCAGCAGGCGCCUCGCAUGGUGCGCCCGCACUGGAGCAUCAGCUGGAGCCUGCUCGCCGUCGUCAUGAUUAUGCUGUUCGAGGUCUUCAUCGGCUACGCGAUAGCGCUCUACGCCAAGAAGGCCGAGAAGCGCUUCGGGUACUGGGUUUUGGUCGUUUGGGGUAUCGCCUGGUUCGGCGGGCACACGGCGGCAUGGUCGCUCCUCGUGUCGUACACCCUGCACCUCUUCGCGUCGACCGGGCGCUCGGUCACGCUCCUCGCGGCCGGCGCCAACCUGUUCGGCCUCGUCGUCCCGGUCUUCUACUUCUGCAUCCUCAUCCCGCUCGUCGUCAUUGGCGGCAACGCCUACUCGGCGAUGAUCGGCGAGUACCGCAUCGCCCUCGAGCUCCUCGACGCGGCGUCGGCGACGUGGUCGCCCGGCCAGCAGAUCAGCAUCGUCUCGCUCGCGCCGGCGCUGCCUCUCUUCGAGCGCCUCAUUGGCCAGUACCUCAAGUUUCAGCGAUACUUCCGCGUCGUCUUCAUCUUUUACACCGUCACGGCCGUGGCCCUCGUCGUCGUCCUCGUCACGGUCGCCUCGCUCUAUCUCUCGUCGCUCCGGCGCAUCUUCAAGGAGACGAGGCACGACAUGGCGUACAUCUCGGGACCUAGCUCGUCCGCCCCUCAGCCGCAGCAGGUUCAGGUCGCCCGGACGCUCCGAUCGCUCCUCCUCACGAUCAUCGCACUCACCUCGCUCGGCACCGUCUUUACCGUCGUCGCCAUUAUCGCCGCCUACGACCCUCGCGGUCUCGCCUCGUCCUCCCUGCGGGCCCAGAUCCUCAUCCUCCUCCCCCUCUACGCCUUCCUCGCUUUCGGCUUCGCGUGCGCGAUCCUCCUCGUCCUGAGCGCACGCGACGCGAGGCCCGACGACGCGAGAGCCGGGACGGGCUCGUAUUCGCGCUCAGGCCGCGCGAGGGACGCCGGGCCCGGGGCUCGCAGCCGCGGCGCAUACAGCGGCGGCGGCAUGACGGGCUCGAAGGUGAGCGAGCGAGGACGGGUGGGAGCGCUCGACAGCGCCGACCUCGGCGGCAACGGGCACCCCUCGUCGAUCCAGCUCGUCCAGGUCCUCUCGGGCAAAGCGUUCCACCAGCAGACGUACUCGCACGACGGGCGCGGUCGAGGCGGCGGCACGCAGAGCGCAUUCGGCGGCGUGAGCGUCGCCGUCGACGUCGACGUCGUCGUCGACGGGGAGGACGACGUCGAAAACGAGAAGGUGGACUCGGGCUAUCGAGCGGGCAUCUAGCGCGGGCGAGCGCAUUGUACUCUCGAUCUGUUGUCCUGUAACACAGUGCGCAUGGCUCUC